UUUUACGUUAUUCGCAAACAGCUGAGCGGCAAAACAGUUGUCUACGAGCUCUGUCACAAAAAUUGUUCUAAAUUUUCCAAUUUGUUUGCUUGUGAAUUUUGGUGUAGUUUACAAAAAUAAAAUAAAAGAAAUGCAAACAAUUGGACGAUUGCUGCUGUUGGUAUGCACGCUACUUUGCAUAUUAACGCAAAUAACUAGUCAGGAGGCCGGUAAUCAGCUACCUGAAAAAUAUGUGGAAUCCGUGCAACGUUCAACACACACCAACAACUGGGCAGUGCUCGUCGAUGCAUCACGCUUUUGGUUCAACUACCGGCAUGUGGCUAACGUGCUGAGCAUUUAUCGUUCGGUGAAGCGUCUUGGCAUACCCGACUCACAAAUCAUACUAAUGUUGGCUGAUGAUAUGGCUUGCAAUGCGCGCAAUCCACGUCCUGGUCAGGUGUAUAAUAAUGCAAAACAACACAUAAAUGUGUAUGGUGAUGAUGUAGAAGUGGAUUAUCGUGGUUAUGAAGUGACGGUGGAAAAUUUCGUACGUCUGCUGACAGGACGUACACAAAAUGGUACGGCACGCUCGAAGAAGCUGCUAACCGAUGCGGGUAGCAAUGUGCUAAUCUACCUUACCGGGCAUGGCGGUGAUGGUUUUCUCAAAUUUCAAGAUUCCGAAGAGAUUACCAGCCAGGAAUUAGCCGAUGCAGUUGAGCAAAUGUGGGAGAAGAAACGUUACAAUGAGCUCUUCUUCAUGGUUGAUACUUGUCAAGCCGCUUCUUUGUAUGAGAAAUUCACCUCGCCGAAUGUUUUGGCAGUGGCAAGCAGUUUAGUGGGUGAAGAUUCGCUUUCGCAUCACGUUGAUCAGUCCAUUGGCGUUUAUAUGAUAGAUCGCUACACUUAUUAUGCUUUAGAGUUUCUCGAACGCGUACAACCAAAUAGUAAAAAGACAAUGGGCGAAUUCCUGCAAGUUUGUCCCAAACGCGUUUGUAUCUCCACAGUUGGCGUGCGUAAAGAUCUCUAUAGACGCGAUCCCAAUAAAGUGCCCAUUACCGACUUUUUUGGUUCAAUACGCCCCACACAAAUUUCAACUGGACGUGUCAAUAUUACGCUAGAAGAUGAAGAAGAUUUCAUCAACGCCGCUAUAGCCGCUGAAGAAGAAGCCGCAAAACGUAGCACAUUUAAAGUCGAAUUUCCAUCACAAUUUCCUUCUGAAUUAUUUAAAUAAAUGUGCUCAUACAUGUUUUAGACUGAAAAGUAUUACAUAA